AUGGUGCUCUCCUUGGUGAGGCUGUGUGCCAGGGAGUUGGUGAGUGACCACAGCUUGUCCCCCAGCUGGCUGAGGUGUAUGCCCCGGGAGCUGUACGGAGCCCUGUUGGAGGCCGCCUUCGACGGCCGCAGACCGCUGGCCGUGCUCGAGCUGGUGCAGCGGUGGCCCGAGCGGAGCCUCCGCGUCGGAGGCCGCACAGAACCGGGUCACACUGCUCCAAAUCGGCUCUGUAUUCAGGCUCUGCUGCUCGCCGUUGUCAAAGGACUCCUAGACCAAAGGUCUGCUCUGCAAGUACUGGACAUCUGUGGACUGCGGGCAGAUGAGGGAGGAAUGGAGGGCCCAAUGGGAGGCUGGUCUGUGACUGUUGCCCUCUGCACCAAGGUUGUCCAGGCCAGAGCUGAAGUGCAGAGGACCCAGAGGAAAGAAGGAGACAGAGAGAGGAAACGGUUCUCAGACCUUGAGAGAGAAAGGGAUUUGAAAAAAGAAAGAGGACAGAGACAAGAGCUCAGCGAUGAUAGUAUGUGUAGUAAGAGAGAAAAGUUAGUAUUGCCAUGUCUUGCAAGUGAAGCAGAGCAAAUUAAAGGUGUCAGAAGGAGAAUGGAACUAGAGAGGAGAAGAGAGACCGCAGCGACAGGGUUAGGAGGAAGUAAAAGUGAAAUGAAAGAAAAAGAGACAAAUGAUGAUGUGCUGGUGCACGUUAGAGCUGAUCUUUUUGUUAACGCCCGAUCUCGAAAGUGUGUUUGCUUGGCCCUUGGCUCAUCGGGACCCUUGAAGGUUCAUUGCAGAUACCUGCGGGUGGAAGAGAUAUCAGUGGCAAAUAUCAGAACCCUGCUGAACCUGCUGCCUUGCAGGGGGUUCUUGGGCAUCGAUGUACGCUACAGCAACCUUGGGGCGGCCGGCUUGGCAGAGCUGCUGCCUCAUCUUUCCAACUUUCCUGAACUGAACUCCCUUCGCUUGUAUCACUGUAACCUGGACCUUCGCAGAGAUCGCCUUGGCCAAGAGGAUGUAUUGAGGGACCUGUCGCAGGGACUGGCACAGCUCAAAGGACUGCGACGGCUCAGCCUCACUGGUCUGCGGCUGCGUGGACAGCUGCGAGUGCUGCUCAGCUCCCUGCCUCUGCCCUUAGAGCUACUGGAGCUGCCCAAUUUGAGCCUGAGUCCUGCCGACUUCGCCUAUCUCUCGCGCAGCCAUCACGCCUUCGCACUGCAGCAGCUGGAUCUAAGUGACAACCGUCUCGAUGAGAACACUCUUCCCUCAAUUGGACGCCUUCUCUCUCAGUCUUCCAGCAGCCUGGAGCAUCUUACUCUUAGUGGCUGUUGCCUGACUGAUGCUCUUCUGGGGCUUUUGCUGCCCUCAAUUGGAGGAUGCUUGAAACUAAAGAGCUUAGCUAUAACCUUGAUCCCACUCUCCAUGACGGGACUAAUGGACCUGGUGCGAAUGGCAGUGAAACUUCCCUCCCUUCGGCUGUUGCUCUACCCCAACCCCCUGGAGCUGUAUGAGCCGGGGCUCCCAGAUCUGCCCUCCAGCGUCGAGCUGUUGUAUUGGCCUAUGAAUGAAGAUGCAGAUAUAAACACGACCAGCAGCCAGCUGAACAGAGUGCUUAUAGAAAGUGGACGCUCUGACCUCUUGCUGACCUGUGACCUGUUCAGUUACGAUAAAGACUUGAAGUAGAGCAGAGGUCGGGGGUUUGUUUCCGUUCACUCACCGACACAACAGAACAUAAAAGUAUUGACAGUCAAAUGACUAGUGCAUGAAAAAUAGUCCAUACCUUCAUAAAUAAUCAAAAUAUUUGUUGACCAGGUUAUACUCAUGAGACACAAUUAAAUAGGGGACAUACGCAGUUGUUGGCAGCAAUUAUUAAUUUGUAAC